AUGGAGAGCCGCUCCUGGUCAGAGGCUCAGUCGUACUGCAGGACAUACCACACAGACCUGACCAGUAUAAGAAGCAAAGAGGAGACAUCCAACAUCACGCUCACUUUGAAUGGAUCAGGGGUUCAGUAUGUGUGGAUUGGCCUCUACAGGGAUCACUGGGCCUUCUGGUCUGACAACACAACCUCCACAUUCACUAACUGGGAGCCUUCUCAGCCUAAUAACUACAAUUCAGCUCAGUACUGUGUAACAAUGUAUUUUAUGUCAGGGAAAUGGUCUGAUUCCGCCUGUAAUGAGAAAGCCUAUAUUUUCUGUUUCACAGCAGUGACAAAGCAAACAGUGGUGAAAAUGAAGCUUCAGUCAGAGGCAGACAUGCACAGCACAGAGAUCCAGCAGCAGGUUUCACAGCAGCUGUCAGGCCUCAUGCUGUCAGAAGGACUGACAGACUUCAGGAUUCGUUGGAGGAAAGUCCAGAGUUACCGUGACGACCAGUCGAAGAAGCAGGAUGUGGACGGUGACUGCAAAACUGAAGUCUGACUGGACUGAACCACUUCAUGUGUGAAGUUAAUAACAUGCUGUGCUGAGCUGUCUCAUCCUUUAAAUCUUUCAAUAUUUCAGAGUGUAAAGUUCCACCAACAGCUCCUUUGUUCAUCUGCAGUUGUAGUUUGGUAGAAAUUCUUUAAUCAGAGGUCCACUCACUAGUUUUCCUGAUAGGCUCUAGUCUCUUGUUUUGUUUUGCGGGAUGUCUUUCAGCACCUUCGAUAACGUCCCUCCAUGUAAGUCACUGCACAGGCUUUGUCUGUGUGCAUUUAUUAGGAUCCAUAGUUCUGUUGCAUUCUGAUGGCAACCUCUGCUGACUUACACAAAUGGUAAAGAGGAAAGUGAGGAGAGCCAGAGAUCUGCUUGAGGAGGUCAGGGUGGACAAGAAAACAUUGUACUGUUUAUGUUCUGUUUCUACUUCUACUGUUUGAUAACUGUAACAGCCAUAAAUGGGACCUGUUGAGAGAGAGAAACACAAAUAUGCUCAACAUGCAUUUUCAUUCAUGUUAAAAAAUGGCCGCUAUGUCUCUUUGCUCACUCAGGAGACCCAAACUCAAACAAAGAGUGCCCCAGGCAGUAAAACCUUUUUAUUGUGGGUCACAGAAACAGAAUGUUGACAUGAUUGAUAGAAAGCAUUGAGGGUGGGCUUUAGUCUGAUAUCGGCUCACAUUUCUUCUUUUGCACCUCUUUGGACAUCUCCUUAUAUGAAUAUCAGCCUUCUGCAGGCAACACUCCUGUUACUGUGGCAACUACCUCUUGUCAGCCCCAUAGAGUUGAAAAGGGGGCUGAUUCAUGGCCCUGUUGUCUUGUAUGUAUCAUAGCCCCCAUCCGCAUUCAUGUGAAGGGGUCUGUCCCUGUAAUGUCUGCUAGCAUCAGUGUAACAGUAAUCAAAGCUCUCUACAAUACACCGUGUACAACAAAGGACAAAACACAAAUAUGUGAUGCUAAUUAUGAGAUAUUAGCCUUAUCCCAACAGACCAUACCAUCCCAAACUCGCAUUAUCUCAUAUUAUAGUCACAGAGACCUAACUCUAGUAAUUCAAGAUAGAUAACGUUUGCACUAGUGUUGCCAAGAGUUAUAUUUUCCUCUGUGUUAACAUGUUUGCCUACUUUUGUUUUUGUAGUUUUUAUUUUUCUAUACUCAUGGGUCAUGAAAAUAAGAACUGGAGCCCUGACAUGUUUUUCUUUUUAACCUAAGGUGUGGUGUAGGUACUUUGAGCUUAUACGUUGUUAAAUGAAUGAGUCCUUUGUCGGUUUUUACUCUGUGAUGAAUCAGGUGACAUUGCUACA